CUUUGACUUGCCCACCCGUACCUCUCGCACAGCUGAGCGUCUCGCCCAAUUGCGUUUCUGACAAGCAACGAUCACAAUCCACACUCACACUUGUGACGCGCGUCGACACCUUCGCAGCUGCAUUCCCGCAAGUCACACUUCCCCUUUCCAUCACAACACGCGCCUCCAUUUUGUAGCGUGCAGCGCCAACUGUUGACUCAGACUCCGAGACUGGCAACACCGAAUCGCGGCGGGUCGAUCAAGGGUUCCGGCGUACCGCGAAUAGCUGGUCUGGCCAGUUGUGAGACAGGCUUUCCAAAGUUGCAAUGCCCAGACAUUACACCGAUCAUGUCGAUGACGAGGCGGGCGAGGAUGAGGGACUGGUGCUGCAUCGCAUGGGGACGGAUCCACAAGGACGUUCAGUGGUGCACACCAUCCCAUCCGGAGAGCAAGGCGCAGAGCCGUACGCUGAUACGCCUACACGCUUCGCGCGACCACAUGGAGGUCGAGCGACGGAUGCUCUGCUGGACGAGUUGAAUGCAGAGGAAGAGAGUAUCGCCUUGCCAAGGAGGGAUGCGCCCGAGCUGGACAAGACUGGUCGACCAGCUUGGCUCAUCGACACGCUCUCCGCAGCACGUCACAACUCCCGCUUCCGAUUAGCCAUGGCCCUCGUCGUUGGAGGCUUGCUCGUCUUCACCUUUAGCUUCGCCUUUUCACCCGUCGGCGAUGCUGCUGGCAAAGUGUACGGUUGGGGUGCGGAUAUGUGGAGGGGCAAGCACAGACCCUGGGAUUGGAAUCCUGAUCACAACGAUUUUCCAGGCGUCACCAAGCCUGGCCUUCCUGCCAAUCUGGCCGAUGAUCACCCUGACGGAACACCGACAAGAGGUGCGCUGCCUAUCCAGACUUCCAUCCCAGGCAGCGACAAGUCUUUUCAAGCUUUCGAGCACAUGGGUCCUCUCUCACCCUACUUUGCCAGUCCAGGGUUUGGUGUGGACAACAUCAAGCACAGAACGCUGUCCGAUGGCUGCAAGGUCGAAGCUGUGCACAUGCUGCAUCGACAUGGCUCUCGCUACCCCACGUCCGGCUCCCCUACCGAGCUCAUUCCUCGCUUGCUCGCGACCUCGGGCAUCUCAUUCAGCGGGCCUCUUUCCUUCCUCAACACGUACAAAUACAAGUUGGGCGCCGAGCUGCUGGUUCCGCUUGGACGAGCGCAGCUCUACGAGUCGGGCGUCAAGGCAGCCAUAGAGUACGGCUCGUUGCUCUCAUCUGACGCCAGCUCCGGCAAGCAGUUGGCUCGCGCUGGCAGUCAACAUCGGAUCGUAGAAAGCGGCGUCAACUGGUUAGCUGGGGCUUGGGGUGCUCGUUGGAGGGACAAGGCAAAUUUGGAGAUCCAAAUCGAAGCGCCUCGAUUCAAUACGACGCUCGCUCCAAAUUUUGCUUGCGACAAUGCCAGCAGAAAGCCUGCUGUCGCGGAACCUGGCGCUGCGGCCGCCGUAGCGUGGGAGGACGAGUAUUUGGGAGAUGCUCUUCGCAGGCUCUCCUCAUACGUCAAAGGGGGUGCUCUGACGACGCGCCUGCUCUUCGCAUUUCAGCAAGCCUGUUCGUACGACACUGUCGCUUUUGGUUACUCGCGUUUCUGCGCGCUCUUUACCACGCAAGAGUGGCUAGACUACGAGUAUGCCUGGGAUCUGGUCUUUUACGGGUCUUACGGACCUGGUUCGCCAGUCGGUAGAGCGCAAGGUGUGGGUUGGGUGAACGAGUUCGUGUCUCGACUAGAAGGCAGGCCUUGGGAUGCCUCUACGCAAACGAGCGAGAAUAGCACGCUCAACACCGACCCUACGCUCUUUCCGCUCGACAAGAAGUUUUACGUCGAUUUCACCCACGAUUCCGUCAUCGCCAAUGUGCUCGCUGCGCUAGAGCUGCCAGACUUUGCGCAGGACUUGCCAAAGGACAAGAGGGAGCCGGGUCGAAAGUACAAGUCUUCGACGCUCGUACCUUUCGCGGCUAGGCUCGUCUUUGAGGAUGUCUCUUGCAAAGGGAUCAAGACGACUGGCAACGGAGGCGGCAGCAGCAGAUGGAUCAGGAUGCUGCUCAAUGACGCCGUCGUGCCGCUUGGACAACUGCAGGAGUGCGAGAAGAGAGAGGAUGGACUUUGCUCCUUUGAUGCGUUUCUCAGCAGCCAGAGGGACCGCAAUGUGCGCGCUGGCUGGGGCAAUUGCACGCGCGGCGAUCUCUAAGGAUGGGAGGGGGGAGAUUCGUUGAUCGUUCGGAUCCCCCCCCGCUCUUGACAUGGAUCUUGUGCACUUUUCCACGUACCGCUCAAUUCGCAUCGACACGACGGACCCUUGUG